UUAAGUAAUCACAGUAACUAGCUAACACUUCUAAGAAACUGAGUGCAGAAAUACAGAAAGUUAGAGAGUAUGAGAAGUUCAGUUGGGUUGAGGCAAUGGCCUCAACUCAUGUAUGCAAUUGUAUUUUGCAUAAUUGCUAGCAGUGUUGCUGCUGAUGAUGAUAAGCCCUACUAUGAAAGCCAACCACCAUAUGCCUAUAAGUCAUCACUACCUACAUAUAUCUACAACUCUCCUCCUCCACCAUCUCUCUCACCACCACCACCUCCAUCAACUUCACCUCCUCCUCCACCAUCACCAUCACCCUCACCACCCCUUCCUCCAUCACCACCACCUCCAUCCCCUUCACCUCCUAUUCCACCAUCUCCCUCACCAUCCCCUCCUCCAUCACCACCACCUCCAUCCCCUUCACCUCCUACAUAUGUUUAUAACUCACCACCUCCACCAUCUGUCUACAACUCUCAACCGCCACCAUCACCCUCCCCUCUUCAUUCAUAUAUUUACAACUCACCACCACCUCCAUCCUCUUCACCUCCUCCUCCUCCAUAUCUCUACAACUCACCACCACCACCACCACUACAACCUUCACCACCACCACCAUCCCCAUCUCCACCCCCACCAUCACCUUCACCACCACCACCACCAUCUCCAUCUCCAUCUCCACCCCCACCAUCAACUUCACCACCACCUCCUUCACCAUCACCAUCUCCACCCCCACCAUCAACUUCACCACCACCUCCUUCACCAUCACCAUCUCCUUCACCACCACCUCCAUCAUCACCUUCACCACCACCUCCAUCAUCACCUUCACCACCUCCCCCAUACAUCUACAAGUCACCCCCACCACCAUCCCAUUCACCACCCCCUCCAUAUGUGUACAAGUCCCCACCACCACCAUCUCCCUCUCCGCCACCCCGGUAUGUUUACAAGUCUCCUCCCCCACCAUCUCAUUCUCCUCCUCCACCAUCUCCAUCACCUCCUCCAUCAUAUGUCUACAACUCACCGCCACCUCCUUCACCAUCACCGCCGUCUCCAUAUAUUUACAAGUCACCAUCUCCACCAUCUUCAUCACCUCCACUAUACCACUAUAACUCACACCCACCUCCCGUGUAUUAAGCUUUCUACUAAAGCUAUUUAAGUUGUUUUCAAUAAAUAAUGUUAAACAUUGCUGUUCUGAAUCUACAUUUAAGCUUUUGCUAAUAAAACAGUCUACAUUCUACGUUAAA